AUGGCUGCUGAUCCAUACCAUCUAAGAAGAGCACCCACAAUUCACCACUAUAGUAACUCAAGGGAGGAUCUUGAUAGUGAGAUUAGUAGUGUAGAAUUUGCUACAUAUACAGUCCAGAUACCGCCCACGCCUGAUAAUCAGCCAAUGGAAAUCCCCGUAGAGAAUGAAAAGAAGCUGGAUCGGAGUUGCACCUCGAAUUCUAUGUUUACGGGUGGGCAUAAUUGCGCUACGCGAGCGCAUUUGAAAGAAAAGAUGAUCGAGUCCCAAACAAGCCAUCCUCAAAUGGCAGGUGCAAAAGGGUCGUAUUGUGAGGUGUUGGGUUGUGAUGCUCGGGUCAUUACUGAUGAACGUGGUGUGGAUUUGGUGCCUUGUGAAUGUGAAUAUAAAAUUUGUAGGGAUUGUUACAAGGAUGCCUUAGCUACUGGUGAUGGGAUAUGCCCUGGUUGUAAAGAGCCUUAUAGGGGUCAUGGUUUGUCUGAGUUGCAAAGGAGUUUAUCUGUCGCCAAAUCGAAUAAAGAGUUGGCGAAGAGCCGGAGUGGUGAGUUUGAUUAUUCCCAAUUUUUGUUCGAGUCAAAGACGAAUUAUGGGUAUGGAAAUGCUGUGUGGCCAACAGAUGAUGUGAAUGGCAAUGAUGAGGGGAGUAGUGGUGUCCCUAAAACAUUUGUUGAGAAACAACGGAAACCGCUUACCCGUGAAUUGAAAAUAUCUACUGCAGUUAUUGCUCCAUAUCGGAUUCUAAUCCUUGUCCGAAUGAUUGUUCUUGCACUAUUCCUGUAUUGGAGGGUAUCAAAUCCUAAUGAAGAUGCAAUUUGGUUAUGGGGCAUGUCUCUGGUUUGUGAAAUCUGGUUUGCUUUCUCUUGGCUACUUGACCAGCUCCCGAAGCUCUGUCCAGUUAACCGUGUUGCUGACCUCGAUGUUCUGAAGGAGAAGUUCGAAACUCCUAGUUCAAGUAAUCCUACAGGAAAAUCUGAUCUUCCUGGCAUAGACAUCUUUGUUUCUACUGCAGAUCCAGAGAAAGAACCACCCCUUGUCACUGCAAACACCAUUCUGUCUAUUCUCGCAGCUGAUUACCCAGUUGAGAAGCUCUCGUGUUAUGUUUCUGAUGAUGGAGGAGCUCUGCUAACUUUUGAAGCCAUGGCAGAGGCUGCUAGUUUUGCCAACUUGUGGGUUCCAUUUUGUAGGAAACAUGAAAUUGAACCCAGAAACCCAGAAUCUUAUUUCAAUCAGAAGAGAGAUCCUUAUAAGAACAAGGUCCGCCCAGAUUUUGUUAGAGAUCGAAGGCGGGUAAAACGUGAGUAUGAUGAAUUCAAGGUUCGAACUAAUGGUCUUCCUGAUUCGAUUCGCCGACGUUCUGAUGCCUAUAAUACUCAAGAGGAGCUUAAGGCAUUGAAGAGAUGGAAAGAGAAAGGUGAUGACGAACCAAUGGAUAGAUUGAAGAUCCCAAAAGCUACUUGGAUGGCUGAUGGAACCCAUUGGCCUGGCACCUGGACAGUUUCAGCACCUGAGCACACAAGGGGGGAUCAUGCCAGCAUCAUACAGGUAAUGUUGCAGCCUCCUAGUGAUGAAUCACUAAAGGGAACAGCUGGUGAUAGCAAUUCCAUGAACCUAUCUGAAGUUGACAUUCGCCUUCCUGUGUUGGUUUAUAUCUCUCGCGAAAAGCGACCUGGUUACGAUCACAACAAGAAGGCUGGAGCGAUGAAUGCGCUGGUUCGAGCCUCUGCUGUUAUGUCUAAUGGACCUUUCAUUCUUAACCUUGACUGUGACCACUACAUAUACAACUCCCAGGCAUUGAGAGAAGGCAUGUGCUUCAUGAUGGACCAGGGUGGGGAAGGCAUUUCUUAUGUUCAGUUUCCUCAGAGGUUUGAAGGAAUUGAUCCAUCCGAUCGCUAUGCCAAUCACAAUACUGUUUUCUUUGAUGUCAACAUGCGAGCCCUUGAUGGGGUACAAGGUCCAGUAUAUGUUGGAACAGGGUGCCUCUUUCGUCGGACUGCCCUCUAUAACUUCGAUCCUCCACGGUAUGAAGAUCAUGGCAGUUGCUGCAGCUGCUUCUUUGGCCGUCACAAGAAGGCUGCCAUUGCUUCUGCCCCGGAGCACGGCCAAUCUCAUGGAAUGGAAGACACAGAUGAUCAGGAAAUGAACCUUGCUCUUAUUCCUAGAAAAUUUGGAAAUUCAAGUUUGUUUCUUGAUUCUGUACAGGUGGCAGCAUUUCAAGGUCUACCCCUUGCUGAUAAUUUGUAUGUCAAAUAUGGACGGCCUCCUGGUGCUCUAACUACUCCUAGGGAGCCCCUGCAUCUAGCCACAAUUGCAGAGGCAGUGAAUGUCAUCUCUUGCUGGUAUGAAGAUAAGACUGAAUGGGGCCAAUCUAUUGGGUGGAUUUAUGGGUCCGUAACUGAGGAUGUGGUCACUGGGUAUAGGAUGCAUGAACGGGGAUGGAGGUCAGUUUAUUGUGUGACUAAGAGGGAUGCAUUCCGUGGGACUGCCCCUAUUAAUCUUACUGAUCGACUUCAUCAGGUUCUCCGGUGGGCAACUGGCUCUGUUGAGAUAUUCUUUUCUCGCAACAAUGCCCUUCUGGGUGGCCAUAGGUUGAAGCUGCUGCAGAGGAUUGCUUACCUCAAUGUUGGAAUUUACCCUUUCACUUCUUUAUUCCUCAUUGUUUACUGCUUCCUUCCUGCACUUGCACUCUUCUCCAAUCAGUUCAUAGUUGCAUCUCUAACUGUCACAUUCCUAGUAUACCUCUUGGUCAUCAGUGUGACCCUUUGUAUUCUCGCUAUGCUUGAGAUCAAGUGGUCUGGCAUUGCACUGGAAGAAUGGUGGAGGAACGAGCAGUUCUGGUUAAUUGGAGGCACAAGUGCACAUCUCAUUGCCGUGCUCCAGGGGCUACUGAAGGUGAUUGCAGGGAUUGAGAUUUCUUUUACACUGACAUCUAAAUCAGGUCGCGAUGAUGUUGAUGAUGAGUUUUCUGAUCUCUAUUUAUUCAAAUGGACAUCUCUUAUGAUACCGCCUUGCACAAUCAUUAUGGUUAACUUGAUUGCAAUCGGAGUCGGAGUUUCCCGAACUAUAUAUAGUGACGCACCUCAGUGGAGCAAUUUACUUGGAGGUGUGUUCUUCAGCUUUUGGGUCUUGGCUCAUCUCUACCCCUUUGCAAAAGGUCUUAUGGGAAGACGUGGAAAGACACCCACCAUCGUAUUUGUUUGGUCGGGACUCCUUUCGAUUAUUGUUUCACUAUUGUGGGUUGCUAUUGACCCUCCAUCAGGAAAUAAUCAAAUUGGGGGACUCCUUCAAUUCCCAUGA